ACAGAGUGAGUUUCCUGCAGAUGAGGCAGAAUAAACGAUGCUGAAUUUAAUGUGUUUCGUUAAAGAACAAAGGGCCAAAUAUUCCUCUAGAUAAAGAACAAAGAGUCAAAUAUCCAGUGGUUUAACAGAAACAUCAUUAUCAAUGCUAGCGGACUCAGUGGGACGGAGUCGCGGCAGGAAGCGCUCAGCAGGAGUGGGCGGGGCUGACUCUGGUGGGCGGGGCCGAGGGAACACACCUGCAGCACAGACGAGAAGGAAAGCCGCAGAGACCGGGGAAGACGACGAUCAGUCGGAGAAGAAGUUCAGGAAGUGUGAGAAAUCCGGAUGUCCAGCGACGUACCCCGUGUGUUUCGCCAGCGCGUCUGACAGGUGUGCCAGAAACGGAUACACGUCUCGCUGGUAUCACCUGUCGUGUGGCGAGCACUUCUGUAACGAGUGCUUUGAUCAUUACUACAGAAGUCAUAAAGACGGGUACGAGACGUUCUCCUCCUGGAAGAGGGUUUGGACCAGCAAUGGGAAGAGCGAACCGAGCCUCAAAGCCUUCAUGGCCGACCAGCAGCUGCCCUACUGGGUCCAGUGCAGUAAAGCAGACUGUGGCAGAUGGCGUCAGCUGAGUAAAGAGUCGGCUCUGACGGCUUCUCUGGCAUCAUCUUAUCGCUGUGGGAUGAAGAUCAACAGCGUGAAGAGCGAAGGAAGUGAUGCGUGUUCUCAGCCGGAGGACGUGCGUGUGGCCGGUGUGACGGACAGCUGGUGGCUCUCGAUGCUCAUCCUGCCGCCGCUGCUUAAGGACAGUCCCGCUAGCCCGUUCCUCAGCGCUUAUUACCCGGACUGUGUGGGCAUGAGCCCGUCUGCCGGCCCGGGGAACCAGCGCCAGGAGCAACGCCGGGCAGCGCCGCCUCACCUUCCCGGACUCUCGCCAUAUUUCCAGCCCUUCUAUCAGCCGAACGAGUGUGGGAAAGCCUUGUGUGUGAGACCCGACAUGAUGGAGCUGGACGAGUUGUACGAGUUCCCAGAAUUCUCCAGGGAUCCCACCAUGUAUCUGGCGCUGAGGAACCUGGUGCUGGCGGCCUGGAACCGCGACUGCAAGGAGGUUCUGACCCUGCAGAGAUGCGCUCCUCAUGUGAUUGUGCGCGGUCUGGUGCGGAUCCGCUGUGUGCAGGAACUGGAGCGAGUUCUGGACUUCAUGACCCGGAAGGGCCUGAUCAACACGGGAGUUCUGCAGGUCAAGCGGCCCCUCCUGCCCGAGUCCCAGCACAACGUCCUGGUCAUCGGCGCCGGUGCUGCGGGUCUCGCUGCUGCUCGCCAGCUCCAGAACUUCGGCAUGCAGGUAUGACACACACACACACACUCUCACACUCUUCUAACCCUAAUCAAUGGAGUGUGCAGCUUUUUAUUUCUUAAACAGC